AUGGAAGCCGCACAUGAGAACAAGAAGUUCCAAUUGAACAAUGUCUUUGACUUGAAGAACCGAGUCGCCCUGGUGACCGGCGGCGGCUCCGGCAUUGGCCUGAUGGCCACCCAAGCCCUGGCCGUGAACGGCGCAAAAGUCUACAUCACCGGUCGCACCGAGGAAAAGCUCGACCGCGUCGCCGAACUAUACUCAAAAGACAUCCCGGGCCAAAUCAUCCCGAUCACAGCGGACGUGACCUCCAAGGAGGCGAUCGACAAGCUCGUGCAGCACGUCUCAGCGAACGAGCCCGCUCUGCACAUCCUGAUCAACAACGCUGGAAUCUCCUCAUCGACGCAAAACACUGACGCGCAGAGCGCAGACCAGCUCCAAAAGGACCUCUUCCAGCACCCGACCGGCUCCUUCAAAGAAUGGGAUGACGUCUUCCGCACGAACGUGUCGCAGCUGUUCUUCAUGACGACGGCGUUCCUGCCCCUGCUGAAAAAGGGCACGGAUAUCGAGCACGGCUGGUCCAGCACCGUCAUCAAUGUGUCUUCCAUUUCGGGCAUUGUCAAAACGGCCCAGCAUCAUUUUGCCUACAAUGCCAGCAAGGCGGCUGCCAUCCAUCUUACGAAGAUGCUCGCGCAUGAGGUGGUCAGCUCUGGGAUUAAGCUCCGUGUGAACAACAUCGCCCCCGGUGUGUUCCCGUCCGAAAUGACCACCCAAGACAGCGACGAGAAGCAGAAGAGCGCUAUUCCUAAAGAGAAGUAUGAAAGCAAGGUUCCUGCUGGACGGCCGGGUAAGGAUGAGGAUAUGGCUGGUGCUGUGCUUUUCACUACUACGAACCAGUAUCUGAAUGGACAGACUAUUGUGGUCGAUGGGGGGUAUGUUCUGGCUGCUGGUACGGUGUAG